AGUAAACCUCGCCACUAAGCCGCCGGCAGGCCACGCACUAGUCCACGGAGAGCGGCUGGAUGGAUGCGUGACCCCGCUCCCCUCCCCAGCGGCCCCAGCUGUCAGCUCCCUUCCUGACUUCCCCACCCUGCCCCCGGUACCAUGGCGUCCAGCGAGGAGGACGGCGCGGCGGAGGAGAAGGAAAACAACAACAAGAAGAGGACGAAAAGCGCCCUCGCCACCGCGUGGCUCACCUUCUACAACAUCGCCAUGACCACCGGGUGGCUGGUGUUGACCUUGGCCAUGAUGCGCUUCUACGUGGAGAAAGGCACACACAAGGGUCUGUACCGGAGUAUAGCAAGGACACUCAAGUUUUUCCAGACCUUUGCGCUAGUUGAGGUGGGACAUUGCGCCAUCGGGAUCGUGAAGACCUCCGUGAUCGUCACCGGGGUUCAAGUGUGUUCGCGGAUUUUCAUGGUUUGGUUCGUCACCAGCAGCAUCAGACAGAUCCAGAAUGAAGAAAGUGUGAUCCUAUUCCUGGUUGUGUGGACGGUGACAGAGAUUACCAGAUAUUCCUACUACACAUUCAACCUGCUCAACCACCUGCCGCACUUCGUCAAAUGGGCCAGAUACAACUUCUUCAUCGUCCUCUACCCCCUGGGAGUGAUCGGAGAGCUGCUCACCAUUUAUGCUGCUCUGCCGUUCGUACGCCGAUCUGGGAUGUACUCCAUGCGGCUCCCUAACAAGUAUAACGUGUCCUUCGACUACUACUACUGCCUCAUCAUCGUCAUGCUGUCCUACAUCCCACUGUUUCCUCAGCUCUACUUCCACAUGCUGCGGCAGAGGAGGAAGGUGCUUCACGGGGAGGUCAUAGUGGAGAAGGAUGACUAGACGAGCGCCGGCCGGCCUGCCUCCACGUGCCCCUGAACUCCACCCAGCGUCACCUCCACCUCCUCAUUAGAGUCAUCGGCCGUUAAGGAGAAAGCUGCCCAGCUGACAACCUGUCUGACGACAGCCACAACCCGCGAUAACAAACCAUCUGUGCUUCAGUUCUUUAAUUCCUAUCUGAAGGGUAAUAUAGGAAACAUGUUUACAGUCCCAGUGUAGCUGGAGCCUGAAAGCCUGGUGUUCUGCACUGUCUCAGCACUGAAAGGUCCUGCCUUCAUCCAUCAGCCUUAUUGGUUUUCGUUACACUGAAGCAUUGCAGCCUGAAACAUGCACUGGUCAUUAAACCUGAGCCAAAGCGUUGCAUCCGAAGGGAAAAGUGGUAAAUGCGAACCUUUUAGGGAAAUGUGAAAUAAAAACAUAGGAGAAGGCUAGUUUUGUCUUGAGUUGCCCCAGUGUCGUCACCCAACCUGCAUUGGCUGUUCUAUCUGUAUUUAAUUACAAACAUAUUAUAACCCAUAGUUCUACCGUACCUCAACAAUAAAUCAAAAUUUAGACACUA